AUGGGAAACUUGUGCUCCAUUACUCUCUCAAUUGAUGACUUGAUCUCUCGCUGGGGUGAUUGCACAGUUUCACUAGUCCACUAUGUAAGCAGAUUUGAGGAAAACUUGAAUAUAUUGAGGAUUGCAUUGCAAGAAUUGAAGGAAUUCAGGAAUGACGUGAAGAGAGAGGUUGAUGUCACUGAGAGGCAACCGAUGAUGAAGCGGCUGGACCAAGUACAAGGGUGGCUUUUGCUGGUGGAAUCCAUGGAAACCGAAGUAAAUGAACUGAUAGAAAAUAGCACUCAGGUGAUUGAGAGUAAUUACAUCUCUCGGUACAAGUUGGGGAAGAAAGUAGCCAAAAAGAUCGAAGAUGUGGCUACUUUGCAGAGCAAAGGAGUUUUUCAAGUGGUAGCUAAGAGGUUACCUUCGGCUGCAGUUAAUGUAAGACCCAGCAAACCCACUGUGGGCAUGGAAAUGAUUUUUGGUAAGAUUUGGAGCCAUUUUCAAGAAGAACAUGUGGGACUUAUUGGCCUAUAUGGGUUAGGAGGAGUGGGGAAGACCACUCUCUUGACCCAAAUAAACAAUAAGUUUGCUAACACAGAUCAUGAUUUUGAUGUCGUGAUUUGGGUAGAGGUGUCCCAAGCUCAUGAUAUGGACAAUGUUCAGAAUGAAAUCGGGAAAAUGAUAGGGCUUUAUGACGAGAGGGACGAGACAUGGAAGAGUAAAAGCCUAGGUGAGAAAGCUAUAGAUAUACAUGGAGUAUUGAGCCAAAAAAAGUUUGUUUUGUUGUUGGAUGAUUUAUGGGAGCGCAUUGAUCUCCCAAUGGUUGGGAUUCCACUUCCAAAUGGGCAAAAUAAGUCUAAGAUAGCUUUCACAACCCGUUCUGAGGAAGUAUGCGGUGAAAUGGAAGCUCAAAAAAAGAUUAAAGUGGAGUGUUUGCCAUGGGAGAAGGCUUGGGUUUUGUUUCAAUUGAAGGUUGGUGAAGUGGCACUAAACUCUGAUCCAGUCAUACCCGAGUUAGCUAAACUUGUUGCCAAAGAAUGUGGUGGUUUACCACUUGCAAUUGUUACCGUAGGUCGAGCCAUGGCAUGCAAGAGCACAUCCCAAGAAUGGGAAUAUGCAAUUGAAGUAUUGAAGAAAUAUGCUGUGGAAUUUCCAGGUAUGGAAAAUGAUGUGUUUGGUCCUUUAAAUUUCAGUUACGAGAGUCUACCUAGUGACAUAGUUAAAGAUUGUUUCUUAUACUGCUCUUUGUUCCCUGAAGACUCAUGCAUUGCGAUAGAAAAACUAAUAGAGUAUUGGAUUGGUGAGGGAUUUUUGAAAGAAUGUGAUGGUAAUGAUGAUAGAGCUACAAACCAAGGGUAUCACAUUAUUGGCACUCUUCUUCAUGCAUGUUUGUUGGACAAGGUCUCAAGUUUUGCUGUAAAAAUGCACGAUGUGAUACGUGAGAUGGCAUUAUGGAUUGGAUGUAAGUAUGGGAAACAACCCGAUAGGUUUUUGGUGCGAGCAGGUGUGAUGAUGACUGGAGCACCUGAAGUUUCAAAAUGGAAGGGGGUGAAGAGAAUGUCAUUGAUGAAGAAUAAAAUCGAGAAAUUAACAGAAACACCAAUGUGCCCUGAGCUCACAACUUUGUUUCUGAAUUUAAAUUCUUUGAAGAUGAUCAGUAGUGGCUUCUUCCAAUUCAUGCAUGCUCUCAAGGUUCUAGACUUGUCACACAAUUUUGCACUAGUUAGCUUACCAUUGGAAAUUUGUAAAUUGAUUUCGUUGCAAUAUCUUAACCUAUCUUGGACAAAAAUAAGACAUUUGCCAGAUGAAUUCCAAAACUUGGUAAGAUUAAAGUGUUUGGUCUUGGAAUAUGCAACCAACCUUGAUCCGAUUUCGCUCCAUGUGAUAUCAAGUCUAUCAUCUUUGCAAAUGUUGAAGAUGUUUCGCAGUGUUGUGUUUGACGAAGAAUUGUUAGAGACACUGGAAGAUUUGAAGUGCUUGAAUGAUUUGAGUUUGGAUAUAAAAGAUGUCACUGCUUUCCAAAGACUUUCAAGCUCCCACAAGUUACAGAGUUGCACUCGACUUUUAAGCCUGGGGCAGUUACGUUAUUGCACGUCUUUUGACAUAUCUUCUUUGGAGAAUAUGGAGCGUUUAGAUCGCCUGCAUUUGGAUUACUUUCUUAAUUGUGAAGAUUUUGUGAUUAAUUGGACAUUGGAACAAAGGGAGAUAAAAACACCAAAUGAUCCCCACAACUCUCAUAUCAAAACCCGGCGAUGCUUCCAUAGAUUGCAUAAUGUACUUGUAAGCUUUUGUCCAAGGUUGAAAAACCUAACAUGGCUGCUUUUCGCUCCGAACCUCAAGUCCCUUCAUGUAAAUGGGUGUGAAAAUAUGGAAGAAGUAAUUAGUGGAGGUGCGCAGAUGGAAGUGGCCGAGGUAGGGAAAAUUCCAAAACCAUUUGCAAAAUUGGAAAUAUUAGUGUUAGAAAGUCUACCAAAGCUAAAGAGCAUCUACCCGAGUCUGCUGCCCUUCCCUUUCUUGAACUCUAUCCAUGUAUCUAAGUGUCCAGAGCUGAAGAGGCUUCCAUUCAACUUUGAUAGUGCAAAAGAACAUCCAACAGUCAUUCGGGGAUCCAAAAAGUGGUGGGAUGAGUUGGAAUGGCAGGACGAAGCCACACGAAAUGUUUUUGUUCCUUGUGCCAAUUUUUUUUAA